ACCGGGUGGUGGGCGGCCAUCUUCGGUGCGUACAAAUAGGGGUGUAGCGGGAUUGGUUCCGCGUCUGGGCUCGUUCCUUGCUCCCCACCUACCACAGCCAGGUCCGGAGCCCUUCCUCGUGGGGUGGGGAGUUCCUAGCGACCAACUCUUCACGUGAAGGGGGACCCUGCUGAAGAAACACAUUCUGGAAAUAGCAACUUAGUAUCAUGGCUGGCAGUCCUAAUGAAGAUCCAGAAGGAAGCAGAAUCACAUAUAUAAAAGGAGACCUUUUUGCAUGCCCCAAAACAGACUCUUUAGCCCACUGCAUCAGUGAGGAUUGUCGCAUGGGCGCUGGGAUAGCCGUCCUCUUCAAGAAGAAGUUUGGAGGGGUGCAAGAACUGUUAACUCAACAGAAGAAAUCUGGAGAAGUGGCUGUUCUGAAGAGAGAUGGGCGGUAUAUCUAUUACUUGAUUACAAAGAAAAGGGCUUCACACAAACCAACUUAUGAAAACUUACAGAAGAGUUUGGAAGCCAUGAAAUCCCACUGUCUGGAGAAUGGAGUCACUGACCUCUCCAUGCCCAGGAUUGGAUGUGGUCUUGAUCGCCUGCAGUGGGAGAAUGUAUCCACAAUGAUUGAGGAGGUGUUUGAGGGAACAGACAUCAAAAUUACUGUGUACACUCUCUGA